UCUGGCCAUGUGGGUCCUUGUCACACCCACGGGGCAGCCACUUCCUUGCUUGGGGAAAGCCCGUCCCCUUGUGGGUCCUGGUGGCUUUCGGUCUAUAGCACACCACCCGGUGAGAAAUGCUAGUCACCACACACCCCAGCACCAAGGACAUGCCCACCAAGGUGUACUUCAUCCUUCACACGUGAGCUGGUGUGGGGAGACCCAGCACGCCCUCCAGAGACCCUGCCUCUGCUGGGCUCUUCCUGCAGAGGUUCGUCCUCGGGGCUGCUGUGGUGGUGUCUCACUCCAUCUAGACCGGAGGCUGGUCUACUAGGGCUGGUCAGACCUGCCAGUGUCAGUCCUAGUGUUGGUGAGUCUUUCCUGAGCCCAGCUACAGGAUCCCUCCUGGCUCUGCUUUGUGCCAAUGGCUGAGCCCAGGCCUGUUUGGUUAGGCUUCUCUCUGACUCGGGUGGCCUCACUAGGCAAGACGCUGGGUGCGUCUCUGGCCUCAGUUAAUAAAAGGAAGAUGGCACUCAGGUGAGCCUCCAGCUUGAGUGAGGCCCUGCCUCCUGGCUGCCCCACUUGGGGCUCUAACCCAGUACAAAAGGCUGAGGAGCCCGACCCACUAGCUUUGCCACCAGGAGUUAAGCCUUCAAGGUAAGUGACGGGGCAGCUUUGUCUCAGAGCCGGUGUUUUGGAAGGAAGAGAGCAGAGCUAUGCCUGCCAAGGGGAUUAUGAAGAACCCCCCCUUGGUAAUCAGGUGCUUCCUGCUCUGCCUUGUUCUCACUACAGGGGAGAUGGAGCAAGGCCCAACCCUCCUGCCUGAAUGUGCCUCUUCUGACCCCACAGUCCCCCUCCUAGAGUAGUGUCUCCAGCCCAUGGGCUACCCCCUAACCCGGCCCGCUGCCCCUUCAGGCCCAGCCGCAGCUGAGGAAGGCUAUAGGGACAUCCCAGCCAGUGAGCACCAAGCCCUGCUGCAGGCUGAUCUCUGCACUCCAGACCUCUUCCCAGGCAGUUCCUUCAGCCCCCAGCCCAGCCUAGUGCAGCCCUUCCAGGCCCCAAGUCAGGGGAAGGUCCUGCAGACCCCCUCCUAUCUCUAGCAAGACAAGCCCCUGGACUGAGGCUGGCAGGGAGGUGGGCUCUUCAGGGACAUUGUUGCCUCCAUAGGGACCCUGGCCCUGGGUGGUCUAGCUGCUGCCCCUCGGAGGUGUCUACCUCUGUAGAGCGAUCCAUCCCAUUUAACACUCCCAUCCCAAACCCCCUGCCUCUGUCCCAGAGGGACCCACCUCCCAGGCUCUGUGUCUUCUUGAGGCAGUGAAAGCCUGGGCUCCUGGGAAGAGGGUGCUGGCUCCCUUGGAAGAACCUUGAGAGGCCCCUCCUAUGAUUACUAUGACUGGCAGGGGGUCCCUUGCUUCUUUCUCCACUAGCCACCAGAUCAAAUCCUCUGUAGACCUCUUCUCAGAUGGGGGUGAUGGGGCCAGAGAACGCUCCACUCCUGCCUCUAGUUUAGAGCCUGGGACUCCAAGCUUGGCAACUGCUUCUCAGACCCUAUAAACCUCCCAGACCCAAGCAUCCUGUCAGAAGAGCCGAAGCUUCAGCUCAGCACAGAAGCUAGAGGCUUCUGUCAGCCUCUGCCCUUCCAUUGAAGUGUCCUUGGGUUUGGGCUUGCUUGCAUCCACUCUGAGUGGGCAAGAGAUCCUGAAGAAAGCCCCUACUCAGAGAGGCCUGGGUCCCCUGACAGACUUGGGCCCUGCCUGCCUCCUCUGUCCCUGGUGUGAGAGAGCCAGGGUCGCCCUCUCCAGCCUUCACUGCCACCCCUCCACUUGCCACCUGCUGGCCCUGAGGACACACUAGGUGUUCCCAGCCCUGUCCACUACCAACCUACCACCCUUGGCAUCACCAAGUCAGCAGGUGGCAAGGGUGUCCAACUGAAGGACUGGUCCUUACCAGAUCUGCCUGGCACUUCCCCAACACUGCCUUGCAACUCAGGGGCAUCCUAGGACCCCAGCUUCUGGUAGCCUGGUCCUUUCCAGUUGUCAGCUUGGAGCCACCCUCUGGACCUGUGAAUGCUGUUGCAUCUGGAGUUAGCUUAGAUCCCCCUCCUGGCAGCCUGGUCUCCCAGCUUUCCUCAGGAAAGCUCUCAGGAGGCCUCUCCUGGCUCAGCUGAUGCCAUGCUCUGUACACCAGACUUGCUUUCCACGUAGUCCCAGCAGGUAGCCCUUUUCCCAUGUGGCCCCUGCCAUGUAGACCCUAAACCUCCAGCUGGGCCCACCCUUGCAGAGGAGGUACCCACGGCUUCUGUAACAGUUUCAUGCUGGGCUCCAUCCCAGGGACCUCUCGGGGGUCUGGUGCCAUGGACCUGACACAGUCCAGGCCCCCUUCCUCCUCACACAUCAGGGGCUCUGUGUCCACCGAGGCUCCUGACUGCUGCGAGACCCACACAAAGGCCUCAGAACCACAGGCCCCUUUCUGACUGAUGGUCCUUCCACAGCCUGGAUAUUCAAGCCUCUGGGCAGAGGUUUAAUGACCCCCAGCACAUUCUUCUCAACCAGAGAAGCUACUUGGCACCAGGCCUUGGCUCUCUGGGCUGAGCUGGGUAGUAGUGGGAGUGUCUCUGAGGCCACCUGGGCAGAGGGGCUCAGUCCUAAGCAACCAGCACUCACAACUCCCGCCGUGUUCCUGUCAGCUCUCCUACCUUGGCUGCUGGGUUGCUAUCCCAAUUCAGCCACUGGUCAUGGAGAGACCACCUCAGGAACCCACAGCCAGCUGGGAGGGUUUCUGCACCCCUUUAUAUGGUGCCUACUUGGGUGGGAGGGGCUUUGGGAUCUGUUGGGGGGCGUGGGCUACAGGUCCUCUCUUCUCCACCCCAGCUCAGAAGUCUGCCCCAGAGGAUGGGACUGCCCCCCUCGCAGAGGUGAUCUGAAUCAGCCAGUCCCAGCCCUGCCUUCAAGCAGAGCCCGUCCAGGUUUGUUUUUCCAGCUGGCCAGCAGACCCAAAUUCCCAGUGAUGUCUGGGUGGCCUAUGUCCUAUCCCACUGUGUCCCUUGCCCCUGGAGAGGAGUCUGGCUCCAGUCCUGGCCUGGAAAUCGGAUACCUUUGGGUUGGAGGCCACAUCUGGCAGGUUCCAGUACAGCCUGCCAUGGCCAGGGCAGGUACCAUGUCUGAAGCCCCAGGCUUGCCUGCCAAGGCUCCCAUGCUCCUCUCCACUUCCAUGCACAUCAUCUAUGCACCACUCCUGAUGAAUCCAGGCUCUGUAUGUGUUCACCAGCUCAGCUGGGAAGUUGCAUUGACAGUAAGGAGAAUAGUACCAUCCAAGUUGUUGACCAAGAAGGGAGAAGCCUGGUUUGGAGAUGGGUGGAAGAGGGGCUGUGGCACAAUGUCUGCGAGCUCUUCUCUGCUUAGCUUCCUUUUUCCUUGGCCCUCAAAGAAAGCAGUUUUCUCCAUGUCUCCUACCCUGCCCCAAGCACACAACACUGCCCCUGGUCUUUCUUUCCCUAGAAUGUCUCCUCCACCUCCCUGUGGGACUGACAGCUUUGUGUUGCCCUGGGAUCCAGUGAGAUGUGGUUAUCCCUGCUUUCCUCAACAAAGAGGGCCAACUGAGGCAGAGAGGUGGAAGUCCCCACCCCCCAUGGCCCCAGCCCUUCUCUGGGUGGUCAUGCCUAGUGGGUGCUAAGCUUAGAGGCCUCCCUCUUACCAGCCUUCUCUUAGCUCAGGCACAUGCUGUCCUCACACCCAGCUUCCUAAAAGAGUCUGUUUCUAGUAAGUCUUGGCUCCAUGAGGCUGGAUGAGGCUCUAAGCCUGGGGUUAGGGCCCUGCCCUGUCUGCCUCUCAAGCCCCUUCCAGGCUACGGAGAGACCUGGGCCCUCCAUUGCUACUGAUACCCACUAGCUGUGCCCUGUUCAUGUCCGCUCCCUGCAGCGAGAGGUCAGUCUGGGUGCAGAGUCGGGUGGAGGCCUAGGGGUACUUUGUGCCCACUAGCUCAUAUCCGUGCCCUGUGGUAGCCAACAUGUGCCAGCUCGUGGGCCUGGGCUCACUCAGCCCCAGUGGUGAAUGGAAGGAUGCUCACUAUCUUCUAGAACAUGCCCACCACACCUUUGUGCCUCCUGGAUUCCUUGGCAGACCUGUUACCUACCCCUCUGACUGCCCUGAGGUCCAGCUGAAACCUUCCCUGCCCACAAAAACUUUUACCUGAAAGGACAUCCCCACCCCUACACCCCCUCACUUCAGAGCUUUUGGUGGGAGUUCAUGUUAGGGGUUGGAUAUUAGGGGGUAACAUUUAAGAGUGGAGAGUAGGACCCAGAUAGCUGUAAUUCCCACAGGGCCAGGCUCUCAUCUGCCGUGGCCUCUCCUUCCAGGACAGCUCAAUGCCCUGCUUCCUUUGGUCUGGGGCUGGCUGGGAGCUAUGGUUACCCUUGCUCAAUUUGACUUCCAAGGCGGUACUGACAUCCCUGUGAGACAGAGGGGAAGGCUGGCCUAGUAGGGGUUGUCAGGGGCACCACAGUCAAACAGGCCUUGGGUCUUGGCACAAGGUGGCCUAACACCCUUCUAGUUUUGUGCCCUGUAGGGUGUACCUGGAGCACCUGGAGCCCAAGAAGCUGCCCAUCACCUUGGUGGUCCUGAGAUCAACGCUCUGCCCAUGAUGAAGGCUGAACCUGCUGAGCAACCCAAAAACAGAGAUAGAGCGUGAGUGGAGGAGGGACAGAGAGAGAGGGAGACACAGAAUCUGAAGCAGGCUCCAGGCUCUGAGCUGUCAGCACAGAGCCUGACGCAGGGCUCGAACUCACGGACCGUGAGAUCAUGACCUGAGCUGAAGUUGGACGCCUUAACCGACUGAGCCACCCAGGCGCCCCACACUUUGUGACUUUAGACAAGUCACUUAACUCGUCACAAGUUCCGAGACCAUCCCCCCUCUGCUGCCAAAUCUCUCUCGUGUCCCAGUGGGCCCAGGAGCUGUUGGAGUUUUGUGAAUCAAGGCCUUUUCCCACCUGGAUGUCACCCAGGAGGUCACCAAACCUGCCUGCAGAGGGCAUGAUGCUAUACAUAGGAAACCCUGAAGACUCCAUCAAAAAACUAUUAGAAUAAAUGCAUUCAGUAAAGUUGUAGGAUACAAAAUUAAUAUACAGACAUCGGUUGCAUUUCUAUACGCCAAUAGUGAGGUAGCAGAAAGAGAAAUUAAGGAAACAAUUUAUGAUUACACCAAAAAGAAUAAAAGACCUGGGAAUGAACUUAACCCAGGAGAGGAAAGACCCAUACUCCAAAAACCAUAAAACACUGAUGAAAGAAAUGGAGGAUGACACAAGUAGGAAAUAGUCCAUGCUCAUGUACUGGAAAGACAUUAGUCAAAUACAGUUAAAGUGUCCAUACUACCCAAAGCAAUCUACAGAUUCAGUGUAAUCCCUAGAAAAAUACCAAUAGCACUUUUCACAGAGCUAGAACAAAUACUUCUAACAUUUGUAUAGAACCACAAAAGGGCUUGAAUAGCCAACGCAGUCCUGAGAAAGAACAAAGUGAGAGGUAUCACAAUUCCAGAUUGUAAGAUAUACUACAAAGCUAUAAUAAUCAAAGAGGUAUGGUGCUGGCACAAAAAUGGACGCAAACAUCAAUGAAACAGAAUAAAGAGCCCAGAAAGAAACCCACAAUUCUAUGGCCAGUUAAUCUCUUACAAAGAUGGUAAGAAUAUACAACAGAGAAAGGACAGUUUCUUUAAUAAGAGGUGCUGGGAAAACUGGACUGCUUUCUCACACCAUACACAAAAAUAAAAUAAGUAUCUAAAUGUGAGACCUAAAACAUAAAACUCUCGGAAGAGUGUUUGUCUUAGCAACAAAACAUUGGUCUUAGCAACAUUUUUCUAGAUGUGGUUCCUCAGGCAAGGGAAACAAAAGCACAAAUAAACUAUUGGGACUAAAAUGAAAACCUUGCACAGUGAAGGAAACCAUUAACAAAACAAAAAGGCAAGUUACUGAACGGGAGUAGAUAUUUGUCAAUGAUAUAUCUAAAAAGGAGUUAAUGUCUAAAAUAUAUACAAACCUUCUACAACUUAAAACCAAAAAAACACAAACAAAAACAAGCAAAACCAGUUAAAUUUUUAAAAACAGGGAGGUGGGGAGGUGGGGCACCUGGGUGGCUCAGUUGGUUGGGCCACCGACUUCAGCUCAGGUCAUGAUCUCACAGUUUGUGAGUUCGAGCCCCGCAUCCGGCUCUGUGCUGACAGCUCGGAGACUGGGGCCUGCUUCAGAUUCUGUGUCUCUCCCUCUCUCUACCCCUCUCCUGCUCAUGCUUUGUGUCUCUCUGUCUCUCAGUAAUAAAUAAACGUUAAAAAAUUAAAAAAAAAAAACAAGGAGGGGACCUGAAUAAACAUUUUUCCAAAGAAGACAUACAGAUAACAACAGACCCAUGAAAAGAUAUUCAGGUCUCAGUCAAUUGAGCACCCCACUCUUGAUUUCAGCUCAGGUCAUGAUCCUGGGGUCUUGGGAUUAAGUCCCAUGUCGGGAUCUGUGAUGAACGUACAGCCUGUUUACAAUUCUCUCUCUCCCUCUCUCUCUUGCUGCCCCUCUCCCCCACUUGUGCCUCUUUUUCUCUAAAAUAAAAAAAAAAAUUAAAGAUAUUUAACAUCAUGAAUCAUUGGGGAAGUGUAAAUCAAAACCACAAUGAGAUAUCGCCUCACAACAGAACGGCUAGUAUCAAAAAGCAAGAGAUAACAAGGGUUGGUGAGGAUGUGGAGAAAAAGGAACCCUCAUGCACCACCAUUCUUGGGAAUGUAAAUUGGUGCAGCCAUGUGGAGUGGAGGUUCCUCAAAGAUUUAAAAAUAGAGAUAUCAUAUGAUCCCCUUAUUCCACUACUGGUUAUUUACCCAAAGAAAAUGGAAACACUAAUUUGAAAAGAUAUAUGCACCCAUGUGUUUAUUGCAGCACUAUUUACAAUAGCCAAGGGGCACCUGGGUGGCUCCGUCGGUUAAGUGUCUGACUUCAGCUCAGGUCAUGAUCUCAUGGUCCGUGAGUUCGAGCCCUGCAUCGGGCUCUGUGCUGACAGCUCAGAGCCUGGAGCCUGCUUCGGAU